AUGGCAGCACAGAUCGCCAAUCUACCAAGUCUACUAGUCGGUCGGGUGCUCACAAAAAGCAACACAACAACCGCCAUUGUUCGUGUUUUACAAAUGAAACUCGACGAUAAAUUCGAUAUGUUUUUCAACCAACGAAUCGAUUAUAAAGCAUUCGAUAAGCGUGAACAAACUAAGGUUGGAGAUAUCGUUCUACUAAAACGACGACCAGUACUUGAAUGUCGUUAUCCAUUAGAACGUUAUGAAAUUAGUGAGACUGUAUAUGAACUCGGACGAAUCAAAGAUCCGCUCACUGGUCGACGAUGUAAUGGCCUGCGAUAUCUUGAUGAAUCUUUUAUUGCUAAUGAUCGUGAAAAUCAAUUGAACCGGCCGAGUCCAACAUCGAUACCAAUCAAAUCAACUGAAUAA